GAGCGAGGUGAGGUACCAGUGCGCGCGACGAGCGGAGCGGAGCGGCCGGUCCGCGGUGCGACGAGUGAGCGACACGAGUAAGACGAGGGACGAGGAGAGACGGGGCGCCGGGGACCGCAGAGCCCGCUGUUCCGAUGGACCACGCGGAUAUUUAACAAUUAGCCCGGGCAGCGCUCAGACACCGCAGUCCAUGCCUCUGCCUUGCCAGGUCAUUGAUGGGAAAUCAACUGGAUCGGAUCACCCACCUCAACUACAGCGAGCUGCCCACGGGGGAUCCGUCCGGGCUGGAGAAGGACGAGCUUCGGGUCGGCGUCGCCUAUUUCUUCUCUGACGAAGAGGAGGAGGUGGACGACCGCACUCCGUCCGACUGCGGCUUCACCAAGGACCACGGCACGGCCGAGGACGAGCCGUUCUCGGUCAGCGAGGUGGAGUACUCCGCGUUCUGCUCCCACGAAUGCAUCUUCUCCAAGCUGCGCGAGAAUGAGGACCUGAACGUGUACUCGGUCAAAACUUUGCUCACUAUGUGCAAACCGGGGGACCUGCUCGAGCUGGUGGCCACGGCGCAAGCCCCCCACUGGGCCAUCUACGAGCAGGACGACCGCGUCAUCCACCUGUACAAGGACGAGAUCCGCAAGGAUAGUCUGCUGGAGGUCAGCAACGGGCGCCACGGGAGGAUAGUCAACAACCGGUACCGGUACCGGCCGCUUCCCCCGGACCUGGUGAUGCAGAACGCGGCGGGGCACCUUGGCCUGAGCACCGAGGAAAUAUGCUGGACCAACUCGGAAAGUUUCGCAGCCUGGUGCCGCUUCGGCAAACGGGAGUUCAAAGCCGGCGGAGAGGCGCACUCGGCGGAGCAGCAGUAUUUCCUCAAAGUGCAUCUGUCCGGCAGCGGGGUGCACACGCUCGUCUUUCGCAGCCUGGAGGACAUGAUACGGGAGCGGCGGCGGGUGGACGCCAGUGGAAUUCUCAAGGAGCUGUCUUUGGUUAACGGGGGCAAAGAGUGAUCGGGGAUUCCGUUUGAUACCCCCCCCCCCCUCGGCCAUUCUCCCCCAUCAGCCGCCUCCUCUCGCCAGCGCGCACGGACGCACCAUUUGGCGCACACGCAAACGCACCGGAGCGCACACGCACGGACCUGUUGGUUUCGGGCUGCCUGUUUGCCACGGCUGGACCCCGGGCCGCGUCUGGACCAGACACUUUUGUGGAUUUCCGAUCAGAUUGCAGAGUGUUGAAAAGCGGCCAAAUAAACAGACAACGCCCCUUCAGUUUAGAUUUCGUGCUGCGCGAGGCGCACGAUUUCUUCUGAUGCCAUUGCCCCGAACGACGACAUUUUCGCACAUGGACUGCACAUCGCGCACACGGCUCGGUUUGGUUUUCUGUUUAAUUUCUCGGGAUAAUGGAAACGAAGUCUGCAUCGGGCGCGUGCUGCGGCAGACCAGACGGUGAGACUGGGAGAGGGACAGUGCGCGUGUGGGGGGGGGGGGGGUGAAAGAUAGGACCUGGGAAGGCUCUCGAAAAGUCUCCCAUUUAUUUUUUUACUGUUAGCUUUAAGACCGAGACUGACCAUAACACAGAUCCAAGCCACUAAUUCCUCUGACAGUCAGACGGCUGCGCAGUUGCCUAAACAAAGCAUUUUGGCUCGUCCAAGCGCCCCCUUUGCCAUAACAGAAGUGUUGUCAUUUUCACAAUGCUGUCAUCCUGCUCCACGGCACUGGAUGUGUGUGUAAAUUGUAUUCAUAUCCUGGUUUCAAUUUGAGUCCUUAUUUUUGUAUUUCAGUUUAGUGGAUUUCAAACCUGAUCGCUCUCUUUUUUCGAUUCAAAUAAAUGGAGAUUGAAAUAUGAAAACAA